AAAUAUGAAAAGUCAAGGGGUCUGAAUACUUUCUUAAUGCACUGUACAUACUGUAGUGUUUGGGAUCAUUCACCCAUUGGAUAUAAGACACUAGAACCAUUAAAAUGAUUGAAAUUGGAGUAAAUGUUCUUUUUCAGCGGGGUUUGCAUGAUUCAGCUUAAAACAUUUGGCAAACGACAGCUGGCAGAGCGCACCAAAGCGGGUUAAGGUCUCAUGGCAUACUGGACCCAGUCAACACGUUGGGCUCGUGCCUAUUCCAUUUUAGACUUGAAGGACUCGGCAUGGACUUGGGGGGCUUCGUACGGAUGAGCUUUUCCCGCGUCCGGCCGAAUCAUAUUACUCUGGGCUCCGGCUAAUGGUACUCGAGCCGAGGCCAUUUCAGUUUAUCCGGCCCGAUUAACUUUUUCAGGAGUAGGGCCAUUUAAGGUUUUUAUUCGGCAAGGAAUGAAAUACCAAUAUUAAAAAAAUAUUAAAAAAUAUAUAUAUUUCACCUCUUAAGUCAUUGAAUUUUCUAGGUCAUAAAAUUUGUGUCAGUCUCUGCGGUCCUAUAGCUAUCAGAGAUGGUCCCUAAUUUAGAGAAUAUCCAAUCCUAUAAAUGCUUUUGCUUUUACUAAAGGCUAUGGCAGCUUUUGUUUUACAGUCCACCCAAUUAAAAAGUGCUCAUUCCUUCCCAUAACAUUGUUUCUAGGUUACCAGCAUAUAAGAUAUACAUGCACAAUAAUAACUUUACAAAAAUUAUCUGCUAACUUGCUGUGUGUGUUGGCUUCUAUGGUCAUCUUUUGUCUGUGUUAGCUAAUUGCACUGUUUAUUGUGCUGCACAUGUUCUUCUGUUCCACUGUAUGCCAUUUUGAUGUUCUAUUAUGACUAACAAAAAAAGAUCUGAAUUUAACAAAUAACACACAGGCCUAUUUUUUUCAAUAUCCUACUACAAUUUACCAGGAUUGACAAUUCUAUUUUUAUCGCAUUUAUUUUAAUCACUAAUUAGUCAAACAUGAUUGCACCUGAAUUUGAUCCUGAAAAUAUGACUAUAAUAUUUCCCCUUAAAGCUUUUAAGCAAUUAACAUAAUGCAGGCAGUAAUUGUAUUUUAAUUUCAGUGGCUAAAUAAGGAGGUAGGCAUAUCAGUUCCAGCUGAAACUUGGAUUGGAAUCUGUGCUCCAUGUGCAGCAAUAGAUCUAUCCGCGCAGCAGGCAGCCUGCUUGCUUCAGCAUCAACAUUCCAUAAGGCCGUUGGGACAGAGCACCGGGCAGGCUACACAACAACACAGCUGGAAAAGAAUGACAGUUUCUCAAUGUACACCAAAAAUAUAUAUAUUUGACUGCUAAGUGGUAGUCCCUGUUCUCCGGCAUUCUUGUUUUACUGCUGUAAGUAAAGCGGUGGUUUGUUGGGGAAAAGAACGUCAAGGAAAGGUUCGCUAGCUAGCUAACUUUAGCUAACUAACGUUAUCUCUCUGGCUAACCCUCCGUUGACAUGGAAUCUUCCCACUGGGCGCACACUAGUUGAAUCAAUGUUGUUUCCACAUCUUUGAAAUGAAAUUACGUUGAACCAGCGUGAAAUAGACAUUGGAUUAACGUCUGCUCCCAGUGGGGUCCAGCUUGGAUGGAAGGGUAGAGGUGGUAACAAAGGAAAGAAGUACAGAAGUUACCCAGCUUGCUGACAAAGACAUUUAAAUAGCCUAUCUCUCGCGCUCCAUCUGUCUGCCUGACUGCCAGAUUGCUGAGGGGCAACAUAGUCAAUGUACUUGCUAGGCUAACUUAGUGAAGACCUUAGGCAAUGGUUAAUCAUGAUUUGUCUCGGUCUUUAAAGUUCCUGAAACAUGUCAAUGACGUGAUGCACGGCUUCUACACCAGUGCUUGGCCACACACUCAGUUACCAGUGACCUAUUCUACUACAUCCCAGGGAUAGGAGAGAGCAGACCAACCCGUCUUUAAAUCCAUAGUCAUUGACAGUUUUGUGUGGAAAAUGUUGUUUUUGUCUAUUUGAUACUCUGAUAUUCAAUGUGAAUUGAUUCCUACUAAUCAGCUUUGUAAGAGCUAGGUUUGUACUAGCUAUGCUGUUGAUCGUUAACAUUUUUUCAUUAAAUCACUGACUGUAUUCCCCAAGAGACAUGCUAUUCAGCUGCCCAUGAUUGCCUGAGUAAGUAGAUCCAAAUUGCUGUCAGUUGAUCAAAUUGGAAUAGCACCACUUCUAAUAGGUGCAAAACCGUUGUUCUGAUUCAAGAGAUACCUACCUCCCUUGGUGAGUCAUGUAAAGUUUCUACCAUUUCUCUCUUGCUCAUUCUUAAAACAUUUAGAGAUAUUAUCCAACUACUGUUACAUUUGUCAAUCCUUUUUCUUAAAAUGUUUCAGAUUGAUGACCAAUGAGUUAAUGUUCCACUUCAAUAUAAGGGCCAGAGGAGCAAGCAUGCCUUUGCUACCACUAGUGUGUGCUCUUCAUUGUAGUUGUAAGUGUCAAGAAAAGUCAGAACACUCAGGAGGUUGUGUUACGGGCCCUCUGGAAAGUCCUAAAAUGUGCCCCUGACUGUCGUGGUGGAGGAGGACACAAAAUCUGACACAUCACACGACUCUUCAAGGCGGCCACUACGCUCCAGAUAGUCUUCUGUGCUCAGAGGUCCAUGAGGAUCUACCCCAUCACACCACUCUAAUCAUGAAUAAAACAAUGAGCCUUUAUAGUUUUGCCCACUGGGAUAUAGGGUGAUAUACUGUAUGACAGUGCCUAGCUGGAUGGUGUGAGCCAUGAUAUGGCUCAUGGUGCUGUACAUUUGGUUUGUGGUGACCAUGUUCUGGGCCCUAUACUUGUAUGACAGAGACCUGGUGUACCCCAGACUUCUGGACAACUUCAUACCCCAGUGGCUCAACCAUGGCAUGCACACCACCGUCCUCCCCUUCAUCAUCAUUGAGAUGAGGACCACGCACCACCAGUAUCCCAGCAGGCCUUGUGGACUGAUAGCUGUGUGCAGCUUCGCUGUGGGAUAUGUUCUAUGGAUGUGCUGGGUGCAUCAUGUGACCGGCGUGUGGGUCUACCCCCUGUUGGAGCAGAUCAGUCCCCUGGCGAAGGUGGCCUUCUUCUCCUGCCUCACUGUCCUGAUUAACAUCUACUACGUCCUGGGAGAGGUCCUCAACAGCUACAUCUGGGACGGCUCCAAAUGUGUUCUAGACACAGACAAGGCUAAAGCUGACUGAAGGCCAUUGCGGAGUAGGAACACUGCAUUGUGGGUCGCUGCAAAGACAGGCCCAAUCCCAACCCGGACAGCAUAAUAACAACUAUGUAAAUAAAUUAUUUUAAAAAAUAUGUGGGAAUAUGAUCAGAUUUUUUUCUCUUUUGAAAAUAACCUUUUGGGCUUUAAGUGCUGAGUCCUCCUCUUGAAGUUGUUGGACUGUAGCUAAGACCUGAGAUGCCUGUUUCCCGUCAAUGACAAGGUGGGAUAUGAAUUCACCACUUUGCUAUGGACUAGGAGGUAUUACGAUGACAUUACAUUUACUCACGUAUUAGUAUUUACUAUUUAAUCAUCCUGUUUAUCCAUCUCUACGACUCAAGUAUUAUCUGAACACCGAGUAUACUGCAUUAAAUGGAAUGAACUUAUUGCUAUGGGUGUGAUAUUAAUCUUAAGAUGCUUAGGCACUCCGGCAGAGUUAGCAAAAGCCAUGUAUCAGGAUUAGCUUUCUCUUAUUUUUCUCCCUUUUCACUGGAGAGCUUUCUAGCGAGGGCAUCUCGCCUACAGAGUGGCAUGAAUGACAGCCUUUUCCUGGUUGUGUAGUGUCUAACAGCUGUACCAUAGAAUGUUAUUUUCUAGGACAGCCAGACUUGUGAGCUCCACUGUUCAAAAUUACCCUUUCUUGUUUUUAUGUUUUUGUAAAAAGGGAUGACAGCGUUUGACUCUUGAAGUGUGUAUGGUCUUUCAAUAAAAAGGUGUUAAGUUA